AUGGCCGACCUGGUCCUGUCAAACGCUACUUAUCGCCCGCCCUCCCCACCGGCUGGCCGGAGGAAGGGACGGCAACUUAAUACCAUAAUCGAGGAGGACCACGACGACAUGGCCAGCAGCCACGGUGCAGGUGCGAGGAGAGCCCGCGGACAGUCCAAUGCCAAGAUCGAGCAGUGGCUGUCUCCCCUGAGCGAUCACUUCCCGACCCCGCGCGGCUUCCACUUCCUCGCCGCCCCGAUCCUGCCUUCCUCGCCGUCGACGGCAUCCGCCGACGAGAGCAGCUCUCCCUCUUCUUCCUCCGCCCCCUGGAGGCGAGCCAGCACCAUGACUGACGUGACUGAUUUUGACGAUCUGUACGACGUGUCUGACGAGGAGGACGACCGCCGGUCGAUGGCGAGGACUUCGAGCAUCGGCAGACAGCACAGCAUCAGGAGAUCGGCAGCGAAGCCGGCACCGAAUGCCCUGCCCCCUCUGGUCAUUCCCGCUGAACGCGAGAGCUCCAAGGGGGCUUUUGACGCCAAGAAGUCUAUCACCUCCCCAGUACCUCCCACGCCACCUGCCCAGGUUGCCAUGUCGCCGGCUAUGUAUUCCUUCAUGCAGGCGCAGCAAUCACUCGGGGUCCCGACGAUUUCGGCACCGCCAUCUCUCGACGGCAGUCUCACCUCCGACCAGAUGGCCCAGAUGUCCGCUCCGCCCACGCCCGUGAUCGGCGCUGAGGACCAGGACAGCGGAGACUGGUCCGGCGUGCAGCUGCAGCCCGGCGCGUUGGCAACUCUUCGCGCACUUUCCAGUUCUUCUUCGGACAUUGAUCUGAACGAGCCACGGGAGGAGCAGGUCAUUGAGGUCCCUCAGGCUGAGAUGACACAAACGCGCCCUGUCGCCCCUCGCCUCAUCACCAACCUGCAACAAGGUUCAGCCAUCCUCUCGCCAGCUCAGGCACGCUCACUGGCUGGCCUGACCCAGCUAGACAUCCCCUCACCCGGCGGCUUCUUCUCCGGCCUGUCACCCCGGACCCGCAGCACUUGGCACCUACCCGGCCAGACUCCCGCUGAUGAAGUCGCUCCUCCCACCUCGACGACAGCCGAGCAGUUUUACAAGCUUCCCUGGACGACCGAGAAUGCUCCUGCCCUUCCGCCCCCGCCUCCUCGCCCCCUUCACAUGGAGACCGGCCACUUCUCCGUACUUCCUGUCGAGCAAGUGGUUGAGGCUGAGGAGCCCGAGAGGGAAGAACCACUCACCGCUAUCCACGUCCCUGUCACGCCGCGGGCAGCAUCCACGCAGCCCAGCGGCUCAUCUGUCACCCUUCAUGAUGGGGCCUCGUCCCCUAUCGAGGAGAUCACUGCCACCGAGAUCGUGGUUGACUACGAUCCCGAGUAUGCUCGAAAGCAACAAAAGGUGGCUCUCUCACACCUCGACCGAACUGAGAUGUGGUUGGUGGCCCAGCGAUCGUACCUCACUGGGUUUACUGAGGCUGAGCACGAGGACCGCGCUGUAGCUGCGACUCAGAAGGAGGUCCCUGAGGCUAAGCAGGAGCGCCCGACUCCCCCACCCAAGGACGAGCCUACCAAGGCCGAGCCUACCAAGGCCGAGGUCGCCCCCAAGAAGAUGGUACGCUUCUCGGACGCUGCCAUCGCGGCUUCUGUCCCCCGUGGCCUGCCUUCCAAGCUGGCCCGCCAGGAAUCGGCUUACUAUCGUGCAUUCACCGACUUCACCGUCCGGGCCCACCCCAACGACGUCUUUGUCCACAAGCUGGCACGCUUCGAGGCUCUCCAGGCGCAGCGCGUCUCGCUUCUCGAGGCACACCGCAACCAGCUCCUGGGCAAGUACCAGCUGACGGUCGUGCCCCAGUCCGCCAAGAAGCGCAUGAGCGCCAACGUGGUCCGCGGCGACGACGUCAUCGUGGACGACCCGGCCAAGAUCCGCGCCGACAAGGAGGCCGACGCCCUGGCGCAGAUGCACAUGUCGACGUGGCACGUGGCCUCGAUGAAGCUGCUCAACGGCGGCCGGCUCAUCGCCUCGCCCGUGCACAAGCGGCUCGCGCGCGUCUCCCGCAUGGCUCCCGGGCCGGACGGCCUGACGCGCGACCGCGCCCGCAUCCUCGACCUCGGCGGCCAGGCCGCCUGCGACUGGGCGUGGCACGUGGCGCUGCAGUACCCCAACACCAAGAUCUACACGGUCACGACCAAGGCCAUCCGGCAGCUGUCCAACGCCAACAUCCGCGGCCCUCCCAACCACCGGCAGGUGGCCGUGCAGCGGCUGACCAAGCUCCCCUUCGCCGACAACCAGUUCGACCUGGUGCGCGCGGCGGAGCUGCACUCGAUCCUCAAGCUGGUGGGGGAGAACGGCGAGGACGAGUGGGAGACGUGCCUGCGCGAGUGCAUGCGCGUGCUCAAGCCGGGCGGCUUCAUCGAGUUCAGCGUGCUCGACGCCGACAUCGUCAACGCGGGGCCCCUGGGCAACGCCAAGGGCGUCGAGUUCGGCUUCGCGCUCAAGACGCUCGGCUACGACCCGAGCCCGACGCGCAUGUUCCUCAGCCGGCUGCACCGCGCCGGGUUCGAGGGCGCGCGCCGCGCGUGGACGUGCCUGCCCGUCGGGCCCAAGCCGGCGUCGGCCCUCAACAAGCUGCUGCCCGUGGCGCGCGACUCGUGCGGGAACCCGGUCCGCACGGUCGACCUCGAGGCCAUGGUGUCCGGGUCGGCGGACCACGUGGCGGCCGUGACGGGGCUGGCGGCCGGCUGGAGCUGGGAGCGGUGGAUGCUGCGCGCCGAGGUGGAGAAGGUGGCGGGCGAGCUGCGGCUGUCGGACAUUGUGGCGUCCGGGGCGGCGCAGGGCGAGGCGGGCAAGGGCGGCGUCGAGGGCGUGCACGCCGUCGUCGAGGAGGGGCGGCGCGUGGGCGCCGGGUUCCGCGUGCUGAGGGGGUAUGCGCGGAAGCCGAGGGCCGAGGCCGAGGUUGGGACUAUUAGUAUCUGCUUUGAUGCUUGA